AUGCCGAAAAGAAAGGCUGUCGAGGACGAGCACGACGCACUGGUGCCUCCGCGUCCUGCACGAUCGCGUCCGUCGCAUUCAAGCGGCUACACCUACUCGUCCAGCCACACCGCCGCGUACCCGACCGCGAACGUGGCAUCUUCCUCAUCUCAUCCCAUCGCGUGUGGUGAUUUGGACAUCGCGCCUCCGAAGAAGAAGGCAAGGAAGAAGAAGGAUUCUGAUGCAUCGCCGGUGGAGAAGCGCGGGGCUAUGUUCAGGAAGAAAUGCCUGAAGAGCAUCCUCGAAAGGUUUGAUAGGGUCAUGAGGCAAAGAUUCUAUAUGGUCGAUAGACGUAGGAAUGAUGACGAACUCAAGGAGGAGUUCAGUGUACUCGGCUCGACCGGGAACGUGUACACUGUGACCAUUGACAGAAAGCCCUCGUGCGACUGCCCAGACGCAAAGAAGGGUAAUCACUGCAAGCACAUCAUCUUUAUUUUUCUUAAAGUGCUGCAAGUGACACCACAGUCCGGUUUUUGGUAUCAGAAAGCCCUGCUCACCUCCGAGCUUCAACACAUCUUCACCCACGCACCGCCCUCUCCAGCAGCCGUCACCAACGCCCGCGCACAAAAAGCCUUCGCCGUCGCCACCGGCAAAGCGUCCCCCAGCUCCGCCGACCAGAACCCGAAAAAGCGAAUCCCGGGCGAGGAAGAUGACUGUCCCAUCUGCUACGACAAAAUGCACGGCACGGCAGAGGCGAAGCUCGAGUUCUGUGAGGAAUGCGGGAACGCGCUGCACAAGGAGUGUUUCCAGCAGUGGGCGGCGACGGCUCGUCAGCACCAGAAGGAGCUGACAUGCGUGUUCUGCCGGGCAAAGUGGGUCAUCGCAGGUGCAGCGGCAGGCACCUCCGCCGAUGCAGCUGAGGGGUAUAUCAACCUAGGCAGCGUUGCAGGAAUGAGUCCUGUCCGCGACACCAGUACUUAUCAUAAUAGGUAUUGGCGGGGCAAGAGACGUUAA